AUGUGGAGAUCAAGCAGAACUUUCUAUCCAAACAAUCAUCAAGAUAAAGAAUAUUCUGUUGCUAAAGAAUUUCGACUAAAUGAUAGUGCUGGAAAGGAUGCUGACUUGUUAAUUACACCUAUACUUGCACAUGGGAUAAAAGGUAUGUUUUAAAAAUGCAUGUAUAUUUUUCUUUAUUAAUGCUAAGAGAUGGGGGAGCUCGUGAAUUUUCUCUUUCUUUUAAAAUACCGUAUCUAAAUCGAUUAUAGGAUGUUAUUGACGUGAGUCAACUAGUAGUUCAGUUUACAGAGGUGCAGUUAACCCCUUAAGGACCGAGGACGGUUCAGGACCAUCAUCAGCAUUUUCCCAUUGCCAACCGAUGACGGUCCUGAACCGUCCUAACGUCCUAGUUACUUAGCUGAUCGCCGUCGUUCCCCCGGCGGCAAUCAGCGUUGCUCCCGUUGUGGGGAGACUACCUGAAGCACAGACAGUCUCCCCACACUGGAUUAGGACCCCUUUGGCCAUGUGAUCGCUUAAAACAGCGAUCACAUGGUCACAAUAGGUGUCCAUGUGUCUGCCUGCAGGGGGACUGUCUGUGCUGACAGGCAGUCUCCCUGCUAGUGUAAAAUCAUUAAAAAAAAUAAAGUUAGUGUUUAUAAAAAAUAAAAAAAAUUAUAUAUGUGUAUAUAUAUAUAUAUAUAUAUAUAUAUGAUAUAUAGACAUAUAUUAUAUCAGUAUAAUAUAUGUCUAUAUAUCAUAUAUAUAAUGUCAUACUAAGUGUAUUUUUAUAUUAAUAUGUACUUAUAUUAAUAUAAAAAUACACUUAUAAUUAAAUUACACACGUAUAUAUAUAAUAUAUAUAAUAACUAUAUAUAUUGUAUAUUGUAAUAUUUUAAAAUUAAUAUAUAUAUAUAUAUAUUUAUAUCAAAAUACACUUAGAAUGAAUUUGUAUAUAUAUCUGUGUAUAUAUAAAUAAAUACAAAUAAUACAAAAUAUACAUUUGUCCAUACAAAAUUACAUAAAUAAUUAUAUAAAUAUACACGUAGACUUCAAAUAUAUAAACAUGCAUAUUAUUUAAAUUCUAUGUGCGUAUGUAUGUAAUAUUUUUACAUAAUUAAGUAAUUUUAUUGAUUGCAAUUUGAGGGACCUGCCUGCCAACCCAGGCCAAAAGUCCAGAGAAUUUAAUUUGCUAGCACUGUAUUUUACCCUGUAAUGUUCUACGACACCCUAAAACCUGUACAUGGGGGGUACUGUUUUACUUGGGAGACUUCGCUGAACACAAAUAUUAGUGAUUCAAAACAGUAAAACAUAUCACAGCGAUGAUAUUGUCAGUGAAAGUUACUUUUUUUGUAUUUUUCACACACAAACAGCACUUUUACUGAUGAUAUAAUUGUUGUGAUCCGUUUUCCAGUUUUUAAACACUAAUAUGUGUGUUCAGCGAUGUCUCCCGAGUAAAACAGUACCCCCCAUGUACAGGUUUUAUAGUAUUUUUGAAAGUUACAGGGUCAAAUAUAUGGGUUAAAUAUUUUUACAUUGAAAAUGGCCAGGUUGGUUACGUUGCCUUUGAGAGUGUAUGGUAGCCCAAGAAUCAGAAUUACCCCCAUGAUGGCAUACCAUUUGCAAAAGAAGACAACCCAAGGUAUUGUAAAUGGGAUAUGUCCAGUCUUUUUUAGUAACCACUUAGUCACAAACAAUGGCCAAAAUUAGCGUUCAAUUUACUUUUUUUACUUUUUUCACACACAAACAAAUAUGAAUGCUUACUUUGGCCAGUGUUUUUGACUAAGUGGCUACUAAAAAAGACUGGACAUACCUCAUAUUGAAUACCCUGGGUUGUCUACUUUAAAAAAAAUAUGUACAUGUGGGGUGUUUUUCAGAGAUUUAUGACAGAUAAUAGUGUUACAAUGUCACUAUUGAUAAAUUCUAAAAAUGUAUGUUUUGAAACCGCAAUAUUCUACUUGUACCUAUAGCCCUAUAACAUGCAAAAAAAAGCAAAAAAAGCACGUAAACACUGGGUAUUUUUAAACUCAGGACAACAUUUUGAAUCUAUUUAGCAGUUUUUUUCAUUCGCUUUUGAAGAUGAGUAAAAGAUUUUUCAAGUAGAAUUAAAAAAAACCAGAGAUUAUUUUCAAUUUUUCAUCAUAUUUUUUUAUUUUUUUUAAAUUAAAAUACAAGAGAUUAUAUAAAUAAUGGUAUGUAAAGAAAGCCCCUUUUGUCCUGAAAAAAAAACAAUAUAUAAUUUGUAUGGGAACAGUAAAUGAGAGAGCAGAAAAUUACAGCCUAACACAAACACCACAAAAGUGUAAAAAUAUGCCUGGUCGCAAAUGUACAACAUCGCAAAAACAGUCCAGUCCUUAAGGGGUUAAAUACCUUAUUAUUUGUUUUGUAUCAUGCUAUGGAAACUGCUAAAAAAAAAUAUAGCUACAUCAAAAGUCGAUAUGAUAUUUUAGUGUUUUCCUUAACUUCAUAUACAGUGAGGGGAAAAAGGUAUUUGUUCCCGUGCUGAUUUUGAACGUUUGCCCACUGACAAAGAAAUGAUCAGUCUAUAAUUUUAAUAGUAGGUGCAUUUUAACAGUGAGAGACAAAAUAGCAAAAAAAAAUCCAGAAGAACUAAUGUCAAAAAAGUUAUAAAUUCAUUUGCAUGUCAAUGAGUGAUAUGGUACUUAGUACUUGGUGGUAAAACCCUUGUUGGCAAUCACAGAGGUCAGAUGUUUCUUGUAGCUGGACAUCAGGUUUGCACACAUCUCAGGAGAUGUAUGAUCCUCUCCAAAUCAUUAAUGUUUCGAGCCUGACCUUUGGCAACUUGAACAUUCAGCUCCCUCCACAGUUUUGUUUAUGGGAUUACGAUCUGGAGACUGGCAGGGCCACUCCAGGACCUUAAUGUGCUUCUUCUUGAGCCAUUCCUUUGUUGCCUUGGCUGUGUGUUUUGGGUUGUCAUGCUAAAAUUGUCAUGCUGUAAUACCCAUCCACGACCCAUUUUCAAUGCCCUGGCUGAGAGAAGGAGGUUCUCACCCACAAUUUGACAGUAUUUGAUCCCUAUGAUGCGGUGCAGUUCUCCUGUCCCGUUAGCAGAAAAACACCCCCAAAGCAUAAUAUUUCCACUCCAUGUUUGACGGUGGGGAUGGUGUUCUUGGGGUCAUAGGCAGCAUUCCUCCUCCAAACACUGCGAGUUGAGUUGAUGUCAAAGAGCUCAAUUUUGGUCUCAUCUGACCACAACACUUUCACCCAGUACUCUUCUGAAUCAUUCAGAUGUUAAUUGGCAAACUUCAGAUGGGCCUAUACAUGUGCUUUCUUGAGCAGGGGACCUUGUGGUCGCUGCAGGAUUUCAGUCCUUCAUGGCGUAGUGUGUUACCAAUUGUUUUUAUGGUGACUAUGGUCCCAGCUGCCUUGAGAUCAUUAACAAGAUCCUCCCGUGUAGUUCUGGGCUGAUUUCUCACCAUUCUCAUGAUCAUUGAAACUCCAUGAGGUGAGAUCUUGCAUGGAGCACCAAGGGAGACUGACAGUUAUUUUGUGUUUCUUCCAUUUGCGAAUAAUCGCACCAACUUUUGUCACCUUCUCACCACCUGCUUGGUGAUGAUCUUGUAGCCCAUUCUUGUCCCUGACAUCCUUGGACAGCUCUUUGGUCUUGGCCAUGGUGGAGAGUUUGGAAUCUGAUUGAUUGCUUCUGUUGACAGGUGUCUUUUAUACAGGUAACAAGCUGAGAUUAGGAUCACUCCCUUUAAGAGAGUGCUCCUUAUCUCAGCUCGUUACCUGUAUGAAAGACACCUGGGAGCCAAUAAUCUUGCUGUUUGAUAGGGGAUUAAAUACUUACGGUUCACUAAUUGACAUGCAAAUCAAUUUAUAACUGUUUUGACAUGUGUUUUUCUAGAUAUUUUUGUUUGUUAUUCUGUCUCUCACUGUUAAAAUACACCUACCAUUAAAAUUAUAAAUUUCUUUGUCAGUAGACAAACGUUCAAAAUGAGCAGGGGAUCAAAUACUUUUUUCCCCUCACUGUACGUGCACGGUAGUAAUUAUGACAUUUCAAGUCACAGGUUUGGAAUUGUGUAGUGAGUUUACACAUGUAUGAAUACUGUCCACCAGUAAAGUAUUAUAAAUGCAGAUACAAAAUAGUCUAAGAUGACAUUAACCCCUUAAGGACACAUGACAUGUCUGACAUGUCAUGAUUCCCUUUUAUUCUGGAAGUUUGGUCCUUAAGGGGUUAAAUAACCUAUGUAAUCAAACACUGAUGUUAAACACUCUCUAACUUUACCCCUACCCCUUUGCUCCAGCCACUUCUAACAUUAUCUGUAACCUUGUGUGCAUUUGCCCAGCUGCAUAUACUCUUUUUUUUAGGCUGUUAUAUGUCCAGUUAGUAAAGUCAUAAAAAAAUCAUUAUUCUAUUUUUAUUUAUUUUUUUGUGGGGGGGGUGGGGGAGAAGAUAGAAUUCUGUGCUUACAGAUACCGGAUAAGUAAAUCUGGCCGUAUCCACCUUUAAAUAUAUUCCUGCAUUUAAAUACACGUUAUUAAAAAGGUGUACUCCGGAAGAGAAAAUGGGCAAAUCUUACAUGUACCUGUACAAUGAGUUGUGGAAUUGGUUUGUAUUUAGCUUGGGACAAACAAAAUAAUCUGUGAGAUGUGUUUGAAAUAUGAACGUAUUUACAGGUAGAUCUUACAAUUGAAGUAAUAUUACAAAUAGCCAAUAUAUAUUGAGCUCCUGGAAUGUUAGUAAAUGUUAUCAGUGUUUCUCGUCUACAGAGUCUAAACCAAAUGAUCGUACAUCUCAGAAGUAUGUGGGUGUCAGAGUAAGGUUACCAGUGAAAGAAAUGCUAAAUAAGAUAAGAUCAGCAAAGACUGGAUCUUCUAAUGUCUCCAAGGUAUACAGUGUCACCAUAAUUAGUACCAUGUAAGAUGUAUGGCAUGGGAUACGUAUUACUGUUUUAUAAUGUUGCAUUGCUAGUGCCCAUUCUAUCCCUUACUAUUAUUACUCAGCGGUAUUGAGGUAUCCAUGCAUACUCAACAUUAACACAAUUACAUACGUGCAUACAGACAUUAUAUACAGAUAUACACACGUACUGCAAGUUGGUCAGAUUUGGGCUGAUCGAGUGAUCGUACGAAUUCCCGAACUCCGAGCCUAAAAUAGCGAAAUCACAAACCAAAUAAAACUCGCAAUGGACAAGCAUAUUCAUUUUGAUUUAUUAUUUAGCAGAGAUGAGAUGAUGGGAAAGUUAAAAGAGAUGAUUAAAGGAAAAAUACUUGAUUGAUGGUGAGGUGAUUGUAUUUACAGAUCAAGUAAGAAGAGAUCAAUAGAGGGAAAUUGAGUAACAAAAAAAUCUAUAUUCAUAUAUUAUAUAUUUAAUAAAUAUGCAAUAUAGAAUUUGAUAAAGAUAUUUUAAUGAUUACUUUUCUCACUUGAAGUGUAUCAAAUUGAGAGAAAAUGUAACUAUUACUGACCUGCAGAGUAUCUACAUAAAAUAUUUUUAUUAUGUAUAUAUUGUUCAGGAAACUGAUUAGCCCAUAUCUGUGUCCUUUUGGCUCAUCUGAUUCAUUUUCGCUCAUCUUUUUUUGCUAACGAAUUUCAAACUAAUCGAACUACUAUAUAGCCAUCCUGAAUUUUUAUUUUUUUUAUUUAUGGGCAAAGUGGUUCAGCUGAAACAUGUUUUUUUUUUCUUCCCAUUCACAAGUCUACAUUCCAUUAUAUACAACAGACAAACUGGGCACAUAUUGUACAAAGCAUCUUUGUAUCACAAAUUAUUUUCAAUGUGAAACUCAACCUUAGUAUACAAACAAGCUGUCAAAAUGUAAAAUCUAAAAUGAUUCUCCGAUCAAUAAAACAUGGCACGGUGAAGAAAAAAGUUUUAUAUAACAUAUAAAUGUAGCACUUUAUGAACACCUAGAAAUGCUCUUCAUUCUAUAUGCCAUCAGAAAUGUCUGUUCUUGUUUUUUCUUUUUUUUUCUUUUAUUUUAUAAAAAAAGAAAAUCAAUUUUAGUUGCAAAUACACUCAUUUUAAGAGGAAGCUAAACAAUAUUCCCAACACAAUAAAAUGUAUUUUUCACCAAGCUUUAGUAUGUUUGUCUGUUGUGGCCACUUAAAGAUAUGACUAUGGUCCCGCGUUGGGCAGGUCAUCUUGAGUGUCAUCACACUCUUCCACAGAGAAGAAUGUGGUGUCAGUAGGUGAUUUAAUCAGAGAUCUGUGGAAUAAAACAAAACAUUCCUCAGUUCAGUAACGAAGAAUAGGUUCGUUAAACUCUGUUGAUGUGUUUCCAUGCAACAAGAUAAAGCAAUAUUUGAUAGCAAUCUAUAAUUCAGUUUAGUUUAAGCAACAAAUUGGGAACAUACUGUUCUUCCAGGGUAAUUCUGAGUUUGUGGAAAAUUUACUUUUAUUUUAUUUGUAUUUAAACUUAAUCUAAAAAUAUAUUCAAGUUCAUACCAUGUAUAAUUUAGUAAGAAUAAACGUUACUCUUUAACAACCUCAUUAUUUUGAAAUGAUGUGUUUCCAUUUUUAUAGAACAUGUGGGUGUAAGCAAUGAAUAAUUCUACAUCUGUAGACCACUUAAACUGUUGAACAGAUUCAAUUAUGAUCAUCACAAAGUUCCAAUCUAUUUCAAGUUGCUAUAUAAUGAAAAUUCAUGAUCAAAACGCCACAAAAAAAAAUUCAAAAAAGGGGGCAAUUUCGGCUACCCAAAUUAACGAUUUUUAAAUCAUAAACUUUUAAAACAUAUAAAACAGUCUGUAACAUGCAACAUUUAUGAAAUGUCUGCCCCUAUAAUGUUUACGGGACGUGUUUGAGACAGCAAUAUUGAUGAUUUAUACUUUCUAAUUCACUUAGAUGUAAAAGUAAAAUAAUCAAAAAGAUUUUCUUCAGUCCCAGAGAAGUAAUAUAAAGAGAUUCGUUUUUUUCUUUUUAUUGUAAUUUUUCUAUUACGUGCUUUAUUUCCAAGCACAGCAGAAGCAUUUUUCGAUUUUUUUUAAAAACAUGAUGCUACUAACACAAUAUUGACAAUACCCAUGGGUUCGCAGAAAAUAAAUUAUGACAAAGGCCCUGUUGUGGGCAAAAUGUUGCUUUCAUCUACUCUUAUAAACCUGCUCAUUUUAGAUUUACCUUGAGUGCCUCGACCAUCAUUUAUUUUCUGCAUAUUACAUUAUCAAGAUUGGCCAAAUUCUGAUUUGAUAGUGGGAGCUUGCUGUAAGUUUCAAAAGAAAUUAUGCAAACUAGUACUUAAUUGGAAGGAUAUAAUGUGACUCAACAUGAAAUACAUAAAAGGUCUAUUUCCUUUUUUUCUGUAUGUUUAAAGGUUUUGGAUUCUGAAUCCAGAAGACAAUCCAAGGUCAGAAAAGGUAAAUAAAAAUGUAGUUAAUAAUUAUAUUUAAAUUCAAAUAAAUUUUAGAUCAUGUGGAACCAGAAAGGACCUUGGGCCAAUCUACAUCAUAUUUUUUAAAAUAGAAUUUUGUUCUCAAGGAAACGUAGGCACACUUUAUGGUGGUCCUACAGCAAGAUUCAGGCGUUUUGGCUUGAUAUCAAACUCCUCAUAAAGAAAAUGACUUUUUAUUUUUUUGCUGCUUCUUAACCUACAAUAUUAUAUGUUCAUCAUCCUGCCUUCAUGUCUCCCUAAAGCUGGGUUAAUGUAGCCAAACUGGAACCCUAGCUGAGUUAGAGCAUUUUUUCAGUCCAGCUACUUCGACCUUAAAUUGGAAAUUCACAUUCCAUUCCUGACCAUUCUCACUUCAGUAAAUAACUCCAUCAGAGUUACAGGUAGCUCUAUUCGUAAAAAGUGUUCACCCCUCCACCCCACACACAAACUGAAUUGUGGGCCAAAUGGGACUCCCAUCUCGCCUUCCAGAAAAAAAAAAAUCAAUCUCCUAAUCUUAGCGGCAGUAAAAAAUAGUAAUAAAAAAAAUAAAAUCAUUAUUUACCAUUUGUGAUCACUGUGUGCAGAUGUUCUUUCAUGUUUGCAUCAUAUUAAUUUCUCGAUUUAUGACCUGUUGUUUCUCCUGACCUGUUGUAUGCUGUUGUCCACACCCCAACCCAACCACUUUCUUUCUGAACCAUCUCCUUUUUCUUAUUCUAUUUUAAACAUUUAAUAAACUUUUAAUGCUGAAAAAAAUGGAAUUUGUCAUGUAUACAAUUCGUUUUGGACCAACGAUCUUCUAUUACUUUAACGUAACAGUGGAUUAGGCAUGGUAUAGGCAUAUAAUGUGUCUGUACCAACAUAUUUCUUAUCUGAUAUUCCCCAAUUGUCCAUAUAAAAAAAUGGCCACUGUAUUAAUUAAAGGCUCCCUAAUAAAAUUACUAAAUUAUUUUCUAUUAUAAUGUAAAAACAAAUAUUGCUAAAUAUGUCUGUAAAUCUCUUAUGUUUACAGGAAAAAUAAGAUAUAUGUACUCAGCAAGAAGACCAAGGCAGGUAUGAUAAUAUUUAAUAGAUUACUAAAACAGUCCAACGUUUAUCAUAAAGUCAGACUGGGUGUAUCUUUAUUACAAAUCAUUUUUAUAUUUAAAUGCUUCUGAUUUAGUUAUUUUGUGCAUUAUCCUCAAAUCAAACAAUUAUUAAAUGAACAAUCCAGCAUUAUAAUUUAAUUUAUUUAUAACUCUGGAUUUUUCCACAGUUGAUUUAGAGACCCCGUUCCUAUUAAAUAACAGUCUCUACUUAUUUCAAAUCCUGCUGCUCUCUGCCCCCUAAUGAUGAUCUCUUGGGUAAUACAGAACAUCGCAUAUAGAAGAAGGUACAUACAUGGCAACCACCACAAUGUUAUGACAGUGCUUCUCAUAGUGAAGUAUUGCCACUAAUGCUUCUCUAGCAAAGGCCUCACUUCAAGCCCUCAAAGCAUGUGAGAAAGACCUCCCUUACUGCUGAUUGACAACUGAGAGGGUGCAUUCGUCUUCAAUAAGUAUAAUCAUUUUGUUGUGAGCAUUAGCAUGAGUAAUAAUUUUAAUAGAUAUCUGAAUAACAUGAAUAAAAUGCCCAACCCCAUUAAAGAUAUAUAUACAUGGAUCUUGUAUGUUGUAUGACUUGGCUGCUGGAUCUUGUAUGUUGUAUGACUUGGCUGCUGGAUCUUGUUUGUUGUAUAUAUUGACUCCAGCACCUCUCUAUAAUGUAUGCAUGUUCAGGUGAGGGCAGUUCUCUUGGGCCAGGCCAGCUCCCUGGUUUUGCACCCCUUCCUGUCACAGUUUCCUGAUUCCAGGGCCCUAUUUAACCUUGCCCUGUAGAGAGUCCCAGGUGGAAAUAUUUCCCAAGUAAGUGGAUUAAUCUCAUUAAAAAGCCAGCAUUAGGUUGCUAGAGUAGGACCUGCCAAAAACGGGGUACAUUGACGUUGUGGCAGUCUUACUUAUGCAAUAUAUAAUCACAUACUGUAACUAAACCCCCAUUAUUUUUUGCCUAGGUAAAGUGUUUGACAUAAAACUGUUACAUUUUGUGUGACUUGAAUUUUCUGUUUAGUGUAUGAGCGAGUGCGCUGGAUAGUGUAUGUUGUAUGAAUAGGCCCCAGCAGCACCAUAUAAUGUAUGCACGUUCAGGUGAAUGCAUCUUCUUGGUUUAUAGAUAUAUGUAUAUCAUUGAGGUUCCUGCAUUGGCCUGAAAGUCCAAAAAGUCCAAGGCUUCCUUUAAACAAACUAGGAAGUGACUCAGCCAGUCCCCAUGCUUCCAUUAUCAGGGAUUCUAUUAAUCAGAUAAGAUAAGAUAAGAUAAGAUAAGAGCUGCCACAAUUGAGAGUAGCUGCAACAGUUUACUGAAUGUUCUGUUUUAAAUGUGUGCUAAGAAAUGUUCCCCUUAGAUCAGUAUGUAUACAGAGACCUCCUAUGAAUUGCAAUUAAAGGAAGAGCCUUUCAGAGUAAGUACACGUGGAGUUUACAAGUUUUCCUGCAAGUUACAUGUUGGCAUAAAACCUUCUCUUACAUUUAUGGCCUUGAUUUAAUAUUUUUGGAUAAACUUUCCAAAAGAUUUAUUAUCUUUGGGGAAAAAAAAUCAAAUUACUUUUUCAAUAUAUAAAAAUAUCAAAACAUAAAUCAUAUAUAAAAAAAAAUCUACUAAUAUAUGACAAAAUAUUAAAAUAUAUAUAUACAUUUUUUUCCCAUAAUAGUAAAUCAUUGUCAAAGUUUAUCCAAAAUCAUAAAAUAAUGUUAAAGCUUAUCCAAGAAUAUUAAUUUAGAGCCUAUAUUCUUUACACAAGUGAGUUAAAGCAGAAACACGUUUAGUAGGCCAUUUAUUAAAAAAUCGGAGCAAGAAAUAUAUUAAAAAAAUACCUCCAUGACCACAUUUCAACAUGAAACAUAUGUUUAACCUUGGCAGAAGGAAUUUGAUUCUCCAAAACUAAGAGAAACAAUGGAUGAACUUUUAGAAGUACUAGACAAUAAAUUGCUCCAAUCUACCGAAACCUCUUUGGCUGCACAUCCUACCGAUAACCUAUGUCUGCCAUGCCACAUGGAUAAUGAAAAUUCUCAUACUACCUUUGAGGAGCAAUCUCACCGACAUAAUAAAUCGAGCUACAAUAGUUUUUUUGAUCAUCAUAACAAAUGUCAUCUUGCGGAGCUCCAAUCGUCAUCGCAUGAAUUUUCUCAGUUAAACUCUAAGGAAACAUUCAAUUUCAACAAUAACAUUGGAACUUCUUACAUCAACUUGAACGGCACAGCAGGAAGUGUCAGCUGCUCAACAAAAUAUACAGUCAAAAGUCACCAAUGUUGGGUUGAAAACCCACCCAUGAUUCAUGGCUGUUGUGAAAACCUUGAUAUGGUAACCAUUAGACAACAGAAGCAGACUUCUUUCUCAUUUUUCGAGUUUCAAAUUAUGCAUGAAGAAGAAAAGCUCUGUAACCCUUCCAUUGAUAAAGGAAUAACAACAUUGGAUGAAGAUGAAAGCAGGUAUGUUUUAAGCAUAAACUAACAUUUAUUAGAUUUACACAUUACGCAAAUAGUGAUUGAGUCAGUGUAAAAUGUCCCUUCAAUUGAUUUUAUGACUUGUCUUGGACAAGUAAGAAUUUAUGAAUCAAAUAAUGAAGAUUUAUAAAAUAAAAUAAUGUGCAAAAUGUUAACUAUUGAUUUUCAAGCAUGUUGUGAAGAUUUCUAUGAAUAACUAUUAUCCUAGCAUAAUUUAGCAUGAAUUUAUUUGUAAUGUGUUUCUACAGGUUGCUAUUUUCCGCUAUCAGUGAUGGGAAAAGAGCUCAAGCGUAUGUUCUUGCAAGAAGACUUACAAUGUGUAAUAAAAUCAAUGUGAAAGAUUCUAAUAAAAGGGUAAGCAUAUCCCCUAUAUUAUGUUACUAUGGUCCUCUAGAUAGUUUUAGGGUAUUGUCAGUUCUAUGAAGCCAUCCUCUCUCUCCUAACAUUCAAGGUAGACUCUGGUGGCCCAGCAAGGAGCAGACAUUUGUGACUUGGUCAGCAAAGUCAUCUAUUGUAUGCUUACUAGUGGUCAAUGGAGAUGUCGCGAACUGUCCGCCGAACUGUUCACGAACUGUCCACUGGCGAACAAUAGCGUGUUCGCGUUGGGCGAACAUAUCCGAUUUCCGGUCCGCCCCCUAUACGUCAUCAUUGAGUAAACUUUGACCCGGAACCUCACAGCCAGCAGACACAUUCCACCCAAUCAGCAGCAGACCUUCCCUCCCAGGAAGUGUCUGCUGACUGUGAGGUUCCGGGUCAAAGUUUACUCAAUGAUGACGUAUAGGGGGCGGACCGGAAAUCGGAUAUGUUCUCACAUUGCGAACACGCUAUUGUUCGCCAGCGGACAGUUCACGAACAGUUCGGCGGACAGUUCGCAACAUCUCUAGUGGUCAACUUGUUACCUAACAGUGGUGGACUGUGGGGUUAUAGCCCUGAAUGUAACCCCUGAUCUUUUAGCUGGGAGGAGUGGAAUUAGAUCUCUGAAUCUAUUUUCCCAUGCUGCUCUCCAUCCCAGUCUCCUUGUUGAGCCUCAUCUGAGCAGCACAGUUAUGAUAAAGAUAUGAGUAAUAUGACACUCUAGCCAAGUUUCCCUGUCUCUAUCUUUGUGCUGCUUCCACUCCUGGCCAGAUCUCAACAAGGAAACCGGGAGGAAGAGCAGUAUGGCAGAAAUGGGAGUGAUUUGAGGGCAGGACCAAUGGCUUUCUGCAAAAGUUUGGCAUUUGCAACUCACCACAUCCUUGCAUAGAGCACAGGUAGUGAUAGUGGUAAAAACAAUAUUUUUAUAGUGUGUGUAAAUACAAGCAGUCCUGCCUUACUGACCGGGUUCCGUUCUUCGCUCUUAUGACUCGGUCAUAAAACGAAUUGUUCGGUAAGUGAGGAUGCACUAGCGAGCAUGCACUAGAGAGCAGGUCUACGUUUGGGGGAAUUCCUCCGAACAUAGACCAGUUCACUAGUGCAGGAAAUCCCACAAAUUUAUGUUCGCAUAAAAUUCCCCAAACAUUGAUUAGCUUACUAGCACAGGGAAGCUCUGAAGUCUAUGUUCAGUGAAAAUUUCCUGAACAUAGACCAGCUGGUCGUAAGUCCGAGUAGUAAUAAAACAGGUAGGUCGUAAAGUGAGGACCACCUGUAAAUACAUAUCCAAACACUGGUUGCGUUCCCAUAUGGAUGGUUGGAUUUCCCAUUUAACAUUCACUCAUAAUUGAUAGAACUGACUAGAACUUGGAUAGGUAAACGGGGAAUCAAUGCUUUCACAAAAGGCAACAGAGGAAAAGGACUGGAAUCUGGUUAGGCAUUAUAUGAAUGAAAUGUAAUGGAUUUGACAAGUACAUUUGGAGGGACGGCUUUCUUGCUGUAAUAUACAGUUUUCCAUUUUCAUAAACAAUAGUCUUUCAUAUAUACAAGCUUGACUUUUUUCCACUUUGUCAUUACAAGUGUCACCAUCAUAGAUUUUUGGGGAUUUUUGUUCACUUCAAACAAUACUUUCCCUCUUAUCUGUUCAACUGGCUGCAACAUACCUUUUAUGUUCGAUCGUCUCAAUGCUAUUACUUUGAGAAUAUAAAUCACAAUGGAAUAAAAAGGGAAAAGGGUUAAGUCCAGCCUAUUCUGUGCUGCUGCAGAUUGUAGCUUAUCAAACUGGCUCUAAAAAGGCUGGCACACCUUCUGUGCAUUUCAGGCUUCGACCGAGAAUGACUAAUGAAGAUAGAGCUAAAAUCAAUGAAUGACAAGAAGAGAAUUGUUUGCUUGCCCAUAAAGAAUGUUUGAACGUAUUUUAAAACAGGAUAAUGGUUUAAUAUUGAUAUAAUCUGCCAGCAAAGUUGAUAGAACCAAAUACCGUUUCUCUAGACCUGUUUUUUUGUUUGUUUUUUCAAAUAUUGGAUCUCCAGCUGUUAGCGAACAGCAGCUCAGAUGAAUCAUUGGCAGUCAGGGGCUAUUUGACACAGCUGUGUUUAUAAUUUGAGUUUGUUGUGCAUUUAUCACUAUUGCUUACUUCCUUAGUAACCGUGACACAUCCACAAGGAACCAAAUUACACUCCAGUAUGUAAUAUUGUGAAAAUUGUAAUCCAACGGAAUUUCUUUCAUAGAACCCAAAAAAAUAGCUAUAUCAAUAUCAGAGGAACAGCUCAUGGGGUUACCUUAAACAUUUUUUGGUCAAUAUUAAUUUAAGAUUUUUCUGAUCAAUUCAAAAACAAAGACAAAAACACAACAGGAGAAAGUAUCCCAUGCAGGGGAGGCAAAGAAAACAGAAAUAUGGUGACCAAGAGGUAGGAACCCCAGAAAUGAAAUAGAGACUUUCCGAAAAGAGCUCAUGGGAACAGUAAACAAGCUUUGCACAUCAUUCUGUAUUUUCAAAAUGCGAGAUAAUGUGACUCGGGUGCCUUGCAAUUGUAAUUGUAUCAAUGCCAAAUACUUCAAUGCCAAAUACAGUUAGGGUUUCUCCUAAUAGCUAAACUUGGCAAAGUACAGUAAAGAGAAAAUAACACAAGCUUGAAAUUGGACUGAAAGUUCAGCAGUAAGAAUUAACCUUAUUAUUGAGAAAAAAGCAAUAAACACGUUAUAUAAAGCAUCGUGCAGACUGCACAGUCUAUCACAUUUCAUUUACAUACUGUAUUAAAACCCUUAUUUGUGCAAGAUGGUGUCAACUUACAAGUUCAGGUUUUUCUGAGCUCUAAGUGACUCCUACGGCUGUGCAGAGGUUCAGUUUUGGCAAACAGAGAAAAGAUUACUGAGAGAAAUUUACUUUUAUGUACCCUUCACCAAGAAUGUAACCAAGAAGUAUUAGUGCUUAGUAUUGUGUUUAACACAGACUAAACAGAACAUUCCAUAAAGGAACACUCCAGGGACCAUAACAACCUCAUUGAAAUUAAGAUGUUAUGGUGUGAAGAGAUCCCCUGACAAAGGCUUACUUGAAAAGGUUAAACCGUUUACACACGGUUUAACGACAUGGACAGAGCAAUCAAGCGCUGGAUGCAGCACUUUGGGGUUAAAACACUAAGAAAAAGCCAGUGCCUUUGGUCCCUUCUCGCACCAUAGCAACUUCAUUCUGAUAACGUUUUUAUGGUGCCCAGAGUGUCCCUUUAGACUGCAUGCUUACAUUAUUAACCUUAAUUCACUUGAUCAGCUGAUUUUAACUGGUGGCUUGGUAGAAAAGCUUUGGAACCACAACUCUAGUGAUGGUAUCAACAUUAUCCAAAAUACAGCGAAGAGGUUGCGCCUCGUGUAAAGUUAAUGCCACACUAGUGUAAAUAUUUACAAGAUAAUCAAGAGAAUAAAGACCAUGUUUUCAUUUAAUAAUCUUAUCAUUUUAUAUAGCUUGGUCGUUCCUCAAAGGGCACAUGCAACAGAAUAAAGAAAACCAGAAAGAAAAAACAAUAGUGCAGUAUUUUCAAAAGGGAUGGAUAACAUAUUACAAGGUGUAUAAAUGUCCACUCACAUGACAUAGAGCUUUAUCAGUAAUAUCAGCCUAUAGCAUAUAAUCCCCAAAUAUGAAUAUAAAUAUCAUAUGGGUGACUCCAGUGGUCCCAGCAAAAAAAAAAAAGCAAUGCCAAAAUUGAAAAUCCAGUAGUGAAUAACUUGCAACCAAAAGUACGAAACACACCCACAAAAAGGGAGGUUACAUCUUAAGCUCACAGUUUCCCGUCUAAGGAUAUACCGUAUUCACAGAUCACUCAGCAGUGUAGAUGUAUAUGUAAUGAAGGUAAACAAUAUAUAGUGAUCUCUGUAAUCUUUUGUAUAAAAUUGUACUCACAGUUUGUUGUUGAUUCUUUAGCGCUAAUCCAUCUUAUGUAAAUUUAUUUUAUGGAAUCAACAUUCCCCACAUUUUUCGGUGCUCUGAGAAAGAGCUAAAACUGUUAUGUUCUUAGACAGAAUGUAGCAAAAUUGUUAAAACAGACACAUCUGCUCAUUUUUGUAAAGCUUUAAAACACCCGUUCUUCCCUUCAACAGAUAUCAGUUAAGAAUUUAACGCAAGUUAUCAGCCCUUUAUGAGGGGGUCAACAAGUUAAUUCAAUGAUAAGAAGCAACUCAGGGAACUAAUUAAUGAAAGAGUUACUCCAAGUACUCCAAGUACAAGUAGGAUAAUUUUGUUAUUUGAAGUGAUCAUUUUCCCUCUAGACUGUAUGUGCAGCAUUUCACCCAACCCCUAUGCUACCCAAUGUGUUACUCCAUUUUCAGCAGCAUCAUUAGGGCAUCAUUAGCCAGACUGAAACAAGAGUUCUAAGUGGCUAAUUCUGUGCAUAUUGGAUGUCUGAUGUCAGCACACACAACAUGCUGGCGAUUGGCGUCCAACUGAGUCAUGCCCCCGCCCCUUCCAUGCAACCCAUGUCUUCCCCUCAGCCCACCUUCCCAGACAUCUGUCCCCCUCCAGCGAGGGACAAUGACAUCAAUGGAGGAGGAAUGGGCAACAGGGAGAACUUGCCUUGGCUGUGGAGCGGAGGCAAGUUUCAGCUUUAUUUUGGUUUUAUUUUUUUAAUUUGGGAGUGGACCAGCCCAGCAUGGGUUACUGUUACUGUGUUUUUUGUUUGGAGUAAACCUUUAAUCAGUUGAUUAAACUAGUGUUUUACAAUCAGCACGCUCAUGCAAUGAAUGAUAAUAUCUUGUUUACCCAAGUAUCCACUUCCCUACUAUUGUUAUAGGAAAAUUACUAAAAAGCAAUUCUUGGGCAAGGUUCUAGCUGUGGAGCAUUGCAUACAGAAACUGUAAAAUGUAACUAUACCUCACCUUUAAAUGUGGAAUAUAAAGGGACAGUAUAUACACCUAGGCCACUUCAGCUCAUUGAAGUGGUCUGGGCAUAGUGUCCCUGUCCCACUUAGUCCUGCAAUGUUAAACACUACAGUUUUAGAGAACCUGCAAUAUUUACAUUGAAGUACAAAGGUGCUUCUGGGAUUUUACCAGACUUUAAGUAACUCCUCUGCAUGAGGACAUUCAGCAUCAGUGAAAAACCCAUAGGAAUACAUGGAUCCAAUGCUUUUCUAUAGGGAGGACCUAAUGAUGAUAAUUUUAGGGAGGAAGUGUUUUUGUUUUUUUUCAUGAUUUUUAUUCUUUCUUGAAAGACUGCAUUACAUGUGGCAGCUGAAAAGAAUCAGCAUUUGAUCUUUCAAGAUCUCUUGGGAUUUGGAGCCAACAUCAAUGAGCGUGACAGCAAUGGAAAAUCACCACUUCACAUAUGCGCAUCGUAUGGACAUGUCAACGUCAUGGAGGUAAUUACAUCUAACUCACAAUAAAUCGUAGUAUUGAUUUGUGGUUUUAAUCAAUAUUAGUAUUAGUGCUUUAAAGAAGUGGUUCUGCAAAAUGGUAAGUGGCAAUAAUGCCAAAUGACACACUGUAUUAUCUGUACAAAUCCAACUAAUGAUAGAACGUUACGGUAGGCUGGAAGUGCUAGGCUAAGGUCAGAAAAUAGUAGAACUGUGAUUGGUAGAUUCUCACGCUGCAAGCACCAGCUGGUGAUUGUGGUUUGUCAUCCACAUAUUUGAUGGUUAGUUCUGGUCCUUUGAUGCACACCGAUGAUUUUGACUGUUUAUGUAUUUUUUUGUCAAUCUUUGUUUAUUAGAAUAUUUUUCAAAGUAUUAAGUGGUACAGAAAGUAGAAAUAGAAUGGCAUAUCAACAACACAUUAAGGUACCUAAGUUCAAGUGAAUGCAUCCUUCAGGCUGCUACCCCCAUCUAAGCAUACACAUUAGAGGUUAGGUGGCGGGGUAUUUACGUGCGUUGGUGCUUGGACUUCAUUUUGUAUGACCCCUAGUUGUCUACUUCACUAAGGUUUACUGCGCCUCCUUUGGAGGGUCUAGGGGGUAUGGAGGUGUUACAGUCCUUUAUUUCAGCCUCUGUGUCUCUGUCCUACAUCCCAGGGCUCCCCCUGCCUUUUCCCUGUGUUUGUUUGUAGCGUGUGUCAGGUGUCCCGGUGUAGUGCGGGUCAUGUGGGUAGCCCGUCUUCUUCCGUAUCAUCUCGUCUGUUCUAUCUACCUAUUGUCUGUCCUAUGUCAUAUGCCCGUGGGGGGUGUUAUGUAUCUGUCUAACCCGUUCGUGCGUGGUAUGUUUGCCUCCAAUUUACGCACCCUGAGAUAGAGUCCCCACUAUGUGUCCGAGACGUACCUUGUCCCCUGUACCUUAGGCACCUGAAGGAGGAGUGAGAUGCCAUGCUGGUACCAUUGGUCGGAUUGUCACUUUCAGAGUGUCAGCCAUGGAUUGAGAUAUCGAAAAGGCAGAUGUACCCUAUUAGAUAGGGUCAUUAGGUAAGUUGCGCUGUACGUACGUGAAGGAAGAGAUAGAGGGGAGAGGGAGAGGCACAGUGAAAUUAGUGAUAGGGAGAAGGGAAGGGGGUUAGGAACAGGCUGGGUUGGAACGCCUGGCCCCCUAGUCCUGAGGGCCGCCCCCGCCCAUCACGCCGCGAGCGCGCCCAGGUCCUCCACUCCUCCCCUUACCUGGCGGGUUGGUUUCCAGACUCGUCCCGGUUUGACUGUUUGUGAUAAGAUCAGAAGAUAUCUUCACUGGUGAUGUCACAUUGGAAGGUGUCUAUUUUAUCCACAAAAUAUAUGAAUGCUGAAGUCAGUGUCAUAAGUGUUCUUCAGACGAUAUGCAAGUAUGUAUCGUGGACUGCUACUUUGGAACAAAGGAUUUGUAAGAGAUCAGUGUAAAUAUGACAAGAGAAAGAAAACUAAAAAAAAUGGUAUCUUUCUCUCAAGUGUGACCUUGAUAGUUUUGUGAAUGUCACAAUAAUGACCCUAACAAGCAGCGCUAAAGCUUAGGCAAAUACCUCCGAAAUCAAUAAAAAUAUGGUAGUUUAAUACUGUUCUUUAGAAAUAAGGCUGGAAACAGUGCCUAAAAUAAGGUUAGUUUAUGUAAAUAUCAUUGCCAAAUCUAGACUAAAGUUUAGAGACUAAUAACUGAACUCUUGCACAUGUUCAUUAAACCCAAAACAUAGAACAAUAGCGCACUCAAUCAACCAAACGUUUUGAGAUAUUCUGAUAUGGAAAGGUACAUAAGUUGAGUUUUAUUCAAAAUAUAGAGGUAAAAGUAAUUUAGAUCAAGAAGUAAUUUAGAAAAGUGUAAAAGGUUAGGGUUAGCAACAUCAACUUUUCCAGUGAUUACAUUAUAUUGUCUUCAACUUGUUUUUUCAGGUUUUGAAAAAUACCAAGGAGACGGGGCAAGAUCUACAAGUAGAGGCUUUAGACAGCAGUGGUAAGAGUGAUAGCUUUUAUAUUAACAUUUGUGUCAGGGCUGAAAUAAAAUAAUGUAUUGCGCAAUCAAGAGAGAGAUCUAAAAUUACGGAAUCCAUUUUAUGAUUAAAAACGUAUGACUAAAAGCUUGCUGCUGGUUUCAUCUCCACUUCUUUACCCCUAAAUGUUGGCAAUGUAUCAUUGGAGACCUCAAUUCCAAUUUUUCAGCAAUCCAAUCCUGUACAGAGAAAUUGGACAAUAUAUUUUAAAUAUUUGAUUCUAAUCUUUCCUCUGCUAUUACAUGUCACAUACUGGGAAGACUAUGUCCUAACACCAUUCACAGGGAGAUGACCUUCACCUGGUAUAUAGUCAGGAAAGUGAAUCCUAACCUUCUAUCCAAGAGGACCUUUUUCACGAAAACGCUUUUUUGUUUUGGUUAACUUUUUUAUUUUUGCACAAUUAUAUGUAAAAUAAUCAUUACACAUUUAUUAAUUAGCUGUAAAAUGAUUUAACAAAAGAAUGGAAGUAAGCCACAUGAAAUCUGUGGACAAAUACACAGACAUUUAGUGUGCAUUAUGUCAGUGAACAUUUAAUAUGGAAUAGAGAGUCUAUAGCAUAAAGGAGUAUUAGUCAUAUAUGAAAACAAAGUGAAAUUAAAGGAGAGACCUGCAGAAAUGAUACAAAGAUAAAAAAAUAAAAGGAGGAAGUAAGUAAAAUUUUAAUUAAGAUUAUAUCUAUGAAAAGUGAAAGAGGUAAGAUCUGCGUAUGGACUGAGUGGUAGGGAGAAGACACAUAAACACAUUAACUUUUUUAUGAAUAUAUAGGUUGAAAAAAGAUAAUUAAAGGUUUCUUCCAAGCACUAUGACAACUUUAGUGAUUUAAAGUGGUUAUGGUGCCUGGAGUUUGUAUGUGCAGUGUUACAUUAUCAAAUGUUGCACAUAUCACGUUUAACCCCUUUGCUGCCAGAAGUAUAAACCUGAUAGCAUUAUUGUGGAGUCAUUAGCCAGCUUCUUACAAGAGUUCCUGGCUGGCUAAUGUCAAUUCUUGCAUUCAAUGUUUGAAAGCGAUUAGCCGUCAUUAAUAAAUGGUGACGGCAUUGGUAUACAGCUUCUAUCUCUCGAUAGAAUCUGGAUUUACGUCACCCAGCGUACAGGAGACUCUGCAUGCAGUAAAGACUCAGGUAACAGGGCAAACUGUUACAAUAUGUUUGUCCACAUUACCCACGUCUUUGCUGAGGUACUCUUCACAUCAGUAGACUGUGGUUGGAGUAAAGCUUUAAGGGUCUACACAAAAAGCGUAAAAGAAGAAAAAGGAAAAAAAGAAAAAGCCUAAUGUUCAGGUGAAAUGCUUAGGUGCUCUGCAGAAUAGUCAAAGAAAACGUAAUUUGUACAUUCAAUUACUUAAACUAACAGACCUCUAACAAAACUCCGGAAUAUUUUUCUCAUAUACAAUACCAAAGGAACCAAAACAACCUAAUGAUUUUUUUUUUUUUGCUUGAAUUCCCUCUUUUACAAAGUCUGCUUGGAUAAACAUGCCAGACAAUCUUCUAUCCAUGCGUAUUCUGUUUAUAGUGCUAGCAGUAUAGUCUAUCCUCUGGCUAAUUAGGUUUAGUUUAGGAAAGGAAAAAGUUGUUAAAGAUCUAAUUCAGCUUGGAACAUACCAGAAUAUCAAUGCAAAAAGUUCAUUUAAUGAUAUUUGAGGCAUGAUGCCAAAAACUGAUAUUAUUGUGUAAUACCUCUUACCGCCUUUCAUCAAAUUGAUUUGCGUAUCAUUAUUGGAGAGCAGGAGAUACUGGAUGUAUUAGUCAGAUGAGAUGUAUCAGGUAUCAUGAUACAGAAUUUCACAUUUUUAUGUUUUUUUUAAAUCUAUUUUGUCAAUAACUGUAUUUCUGCUGGUCUUUCCCAUAGACAUCUGGCAUUUCUGAACGUGGGCAUUUAAAUAUAAUAUACUAGACAUAGGAUGGAGCUGAAGUCGGGUCACUUUUGCACCUAAUGCUCCAGAGUUUUCUCAAAGAAUACAUUAUAUUUUUUUAAAUUUUUUUUUUGUGAUUUCAUUGUAGGAUUGACACCUCUGCACUAUGCUGUCUUGGCUCAUAAUUUUACAGUUAAGGAAUAUGAAAACAGACACCUUAAAAAAGAUGUGAAGAAAUGUCUUCAUUACAGGAAGGGGGGAUUGCUGCAAGGUGUGAAAUGUUUACUGCAAAUGGGAGCAGAUCCAUUAACCAGGGUAUAAAAACUAUAUAACUGAAUAUUCAUUUUAUUUUGUUUUGAUUUUAGGAAUACUGAGCUUGAUUUGUAAAAAGAUUUGUAUUUUAAACUCCAAAAAUAGUGUAUUUCACCCACACACGUCAAGAGCAGAAUUCUGGGGAAAUUGUAGAUUAAUACAACUUCUCAAAAUUAGUAUGCUCAAGGCUGACUUUCCCAAGGUCCAUAUUGAGGUAUGUAGGUAAUCCAAAACAAUAAUUUUGGAAUUUACAUCAAAUUGUAUGUUUAACAUAUUCACCACAACUUUUUGGCAACUUUGAGCUAACUAUACAUGUUAUUACAUGUAUAUGUGUAUGUAUGUAUUUGUCAGUGUGUGUAUCUAUGUGUUUGUCACUGUGAGUAUAUGUGCAUCUGUCUGUCAUUGUGUGUGUAUGUGUCAAUAUACGUCUGUUUGUGAUUCUGUAUGUCAGUGUGUAUGUGUCAGAGGGUGUAAAUAUGUGUUUCUCAAUGUGUAUGUAUGUGUCAGUGUGUGUAUCUGUAUGUCAGUGUGUGCAUAUGUCAGUGAGUAUCUAUGUGUGUGUCAUUAAGUAUGUAUGUGUCAGCAAGUACAAAUGUGUGUAUCUGAAUGUCAGUGUGUAUAUGUGUGUAUCUGAGUGUAUGUGUAUUAGUUAGUGAGUGUAUUUGUGUGUUUGAGUCAAUGUGUAUUUGUAUCUGUGUGUGUAUAUUUGUAUGUGGCAGUGUAUGUGUAUAUAUGCGUAGAUCCCAGCAAUCAAAUGCCAACACUACAUGCAAACACACAAAAAAAGAUUAACGCACCAGGGCCUUCACUAUAUUAGUUCUGCCACUGAUUAAUGCACCAGGGCCCUCACUAUAUUAGCUCUACCACUGAUUAAUGCCGUAUUAUAGUACUCACUUAGAAAAAAAUAUUUUCUAAUCACAGAUCUUUAGGUAUUAUAUAUAUAUUUUAGUGUGACACAAUUAUUCAUUGUUUCUUAUAUUUCUUCUUAAAUUUAUUUUUCUUAUUUUACUUCUUAUUUUGUUUUAUAUCAGGAGCUUAAGACUGGUCAAACGUCCAUACAGUUAGCCCACUCCGAGGAUAACAAAGAAAUGGUUUCUUUCUUUAGCAACCUCUAUCCUAACAUGAAAGAAAUGUUGAAUGAGGUAUAA